AUGACAGCACCCACGGUAUUCUGGCACCUUGCAUCCUCCGACCCACCCGUCAUAUCCCUGACCCUCCCGCCCAAGCUCUACUACGUCCGGCAUCGCAGUUCGCAAGCCUACGAAGCUGAAGAUGGCGGGUUCAUAUCCCGCGCGCCAGAACUGGACAUCCGCAACGAGGACGACCUGGAGAGGAACGCCAGACUGCACUUUGACUGGAAUAGCCGGGACUGGGAAUCCUGCUUCGUAUCGGCCUUUGGCGAUCAAGCGCACGCGGAAAAAUGGGCUCUCAGGCCCUGUUGCUUGAAGCCCGUCAAGGUGUACGAGCUGGACACGACCAAACUGCCGCCGGGAACGCUAGUCUUGAAUGUGUUUAUGCUGUGUGCGGCGCGGGGCAUUGUGUAUAAGUGGAAUGAGGGCAAGGAUGAGUAUCUGUUUUAUGGAGGCAUACCGGGGUUGUGUGUCGGGAGGAGCUGGGGGCCGGCAACGGGGGAGCGUCCUCCUGUGGAGUUUUGCAAGAUGGAGUUCCCGGACCAAUGGUUCAAAGUCAUAUAUGCAUCCGAACAAGCGCAAAGAAGACACAAGGCCCUGAUGGCUGCCUCCAACUGCGACAUGGAAACUCAGGAAUUUGGAGAGGAAGGAGAGCACCAGAAGCCCACUAAGAUGAAAUCAGUGGCCCAGUUAAGACUGGAACGGCGCGCCGAGCGCGAGGAAUUAAAGGGCAAGAAGGCAGCUGACGCUGAGCUCAGCGCCAACGCCCUUGAACCGGUACACGACACGGAUGUGGACGAACUAUCCGGGCAGAUGGGGUUGUUGGACCUCGAACCCGAAACAGAGGUCGACGCUCCCGAGAACGGCAAGACUGAGAGUCAAACCACCACGGCGACAGAAAUGACGACAGUGACGGCCGCGGUCAGCACUUCUACCGGUGCUGCUACUACACGCACACGUUUUUCGGCGUCCCAUUACCGGGAAGAAAGGAGAAGAAGACUGAAGGAAUUAGAGACUACAACUGAGGCUACAACCACCGACCGAGCCGGGGCCGACACCAAAGUCGUCAUUCGUUCUGCCGAUCUUGCUGCUAGAAUUGCAGCUCUACAAAAACUGAUUGCUCAGAGGAAGGCCAUGAGGGAGGCGCAGGCUGCGCAGAAGGCGGCAGAAGAGAGAGAGCGGGAAUCUUCGGGCGAUUGA